GAGUAUGGAGAUAUAUUAGUAAUCAAUGCAACCACUAAUAGUAAUCCAAUGUAUUAUCAACAAUACAAUGGACCAUUGAAUUAUGAGCUUGAUAGCAGUAAUGGAUUAAUGCCACUGGAACGCAAUGACUAUCCACUGAUAUCAGUUAUAAUAAAUCCUUCUACGGCUAUAACUACCAUAUUACAACCCUCCUCCACUGUAAUGACACAUAGCAACAUUCCAACCAGUUUGUGUGACACUGCCUUAUUGGGCAACACUGCCUCAGUUAAUCUCAUUACUACUUCUUCAUCAUUAUGUAUUACUGAUUCAUCUGUCACAAGAAGUAGUGGACCAACAGUUGGUAAUACUGGAAAUGGUAAUGCAGCUUCAGUGAUAGCUGCUGUCGUUACUAUAGUAUUAGUAUUACUGGUAACUAGUAUCAUAGUGAUAUUAAUAUUGAUAGUAAUAGUAUAUAAAAGAAGAAACAAAGCAACGCAUAUUCCUGAAGGUCGUGAUGCUUUUCUUGCUAGUUCUGUUUAUUCUGAUGUCACUCCAAAUGGAAAGGGAGAAAAUGAAAUACAUAAUAUGUGUAAUCCAAAUUACCAAGCAAAAGGUGCAGCUGAUGUUUAUGAAGUGCCAAUGCCAUUGAUGAAAGGAAUAGAAGCAGUUUACAGUGAUGCAAUGACUGAUGUCAGUAAUCCAAAUUAUGAAGAUCCCAAUGAAAAAAGUAGUGUUCCAUUAUUGUAUGAAGAACCAAUAGCGACUCUAACUAAAAAGCAAAAUGAUACUGAAUUUUCUAUCGAACUGUAUGGACUAUUGGAAGAAGCAACACUAUAUGUACCCACUGCAUUAGAACGUUCUGGAGAACAAAGUGAAGAAAUUUAUUCUGCACUGAUACAUGAACAGCAUUCAUCUGCAAAUUCAAGACUUGAUCAUACUGGUGGUAAUGCAUUCUUUAUAGAAGAUACUGAGUACUGGGAACCUGAUAGUAAUACUGAUGGUAUAUACCAACAAUUAUCUGAUAGGAAAUACAGAGAAAUUAUAAGACACCAAAUAAAAGUAACAGAUUAUUUAGGAUCAGGACAGUUUGGUACAGUUAAUAAAGGAGUAUGGACUACACCUACUGCUGGAUCAGUGUCUGUUGCUAUUAAAACAUUUAAUGAUAAUACUUCAGAGGAUGAGAGAGUAAAGUUUCUACAAGAGGCAGCCAUUAUGGGUCAAUUUCAUCAUCCUAAUGUUGUUAAACUUCAUGGAGUGGUCACCAUUGGACAUCCUAUAAUGAUAGUACUGGAAUUAAUAUCUGGAGGUGACUUGAAAGAGUACCUUAACAAAUUCAAACCAUCUCCUGGGGAGUUAGUGUUAUCAUCAGUUCCUUCUAUUUUGCUCUCAUUUUGUCGUCAAAUUGCUUCAGGAAUGGAGUACUUGUCAAGGAAGAAGUUUGUUCACAGAGAUCUUGCAGCAAGAAAUAUAUUAGUAUCAGAUGAAGGAACAGGAAUAUGCAAGAUUGCUGACUUUGGUAUGUCAAGGGAUCUACAAGAUGAAUCUUAUUAUAUUUCACAAGCAAAAAAGAUUCCAAUAAAAUGGACAGCACCAGAAGCAUUACAUUAUAAGAAAUAUUCGAGUGCUAGUGAUGUGUGGAGUUAUGGAGCUGUAAUGUAUGAGAUUUGGUCAAUAGGACAUAAACCAUUUGAAAUGUACACUAAUCAAGAAUGCAUUAGAUUGGUUGAUUCAGGCUAUAGAUUACCACCUCCUCCAGGAUGUCCUAAACCAAUGUAUAAACUAAUGAUGCAAUGCUGGAAUCCUGAUACUUAUAAUCGUCCAAGUUUCUCAGAUAUAUCAUCAAGUCUAUCCUCACCUGAUAAACAAUUACUAAUGAUUAAUAAAGAGGAUCCUGUUACUGUACUGGGUGGAGCUUUAGAAACAAGCCACUCCCUCUACAACGACUUACAGUACAUGUAUAAAAAGUAAAAUUUGCAAGAUCUACUUUCUUUUUUUACCUCUCUCCCUGUCCCCACUCCUCAUUGCUUCUUCCUACUAAUUAUUUAUAUUAUAUUAACAGUUUCAGUGAGUGAUUAAAAUUAUGUUCAGUUCCUACCUCAUUUAUAAAUUUAUAUUAUAAUUUUCAGUAC